UUCUAUGAAGGCUUCUUGCAGUGUAGAGCCGCUGUUUAGAACCUGGAAAUAGGUCUUCCUACCAUGUGUUGUGUCAUAAGAAUUAGUACAUUGAAUCUAACGUCGAGCAAGUAGAACAGCCCAUAGAGAAGCUAAUGGACAGCUGGCCAAGCUGCCCCCGAAACGGAAUGUGUGCCCACUUGAUGACGAUCAACAAAAGGUGAAUGUGACUGAAACCGUGGCCUAGUCAACAGGACUUAGACUUCGUUGUGAGACUAUAAAAGAUCUAUCCAUUGCACUACUGAAUUCAAGCAUUCAAGUCUAUCAUUGACAGUUCUCCUCUUUCGGCAGCCACUCACUCAACAUGGCUUUCCUCAGACGCAUUCUCCCGCUGCUCGCCCUGCUUUUGCCUGCAGUAUUCAGUGCCACAGAGCAGGUCCCUCAUCCGACCAUCCAGACCAUCCCAGGAAAGUACAUUGUCACUUUCAAGUCCGGCAUUGACAACGCGAAAAUUGAGUCCCAUUCCGCAUGGGUAACGGAGCUCCACAGACGCAGCAUAGAAGGCCGCAGUACACCCGACGAUGACCUUCCUGCCGGCAUCGAAAGAACAUACAGAAUUGCCAAUUUUGCUGGGUACGCGGGGUCUUUUGAUGAAAAGACUAUCGAGGAGAUCCGCAAACAUGACCAUGUGGCUUACGUGGAACAAGAUCAGGUAUGGUACCUCGAUACGCUAGUUACCGAAGGACGAGCUCCUUGGGGACUGGGUAGUAUCUCGCACCGGGGUGCGCCUAGCACCGAUUACAUCUAUGAUGACAGCGCUGGCGAAGGUACCUAUGCCUAUGUGGUGGAUACCGGCAUCUUGGCUACACAUAAUGAGUUUGGUGGUCGUGCUAGCCUGGCAUACAAUGCUGCAGGGGGUGAACAUGUUGAUGGUGUCGGACAUGGCACACAUGUAGCAGGGACCAUUGGCGGCCAAACAUACGGUGUUUCGAAAAACGCUCACCUACUAUCCGUGAAGGUGUUUGUGGGUGAAUCAAGCUCGACAUCGGUCAUUCUGGAUGGCUUCAAUUGGGCAGCCAAUGAUAUCGUGAGCAAGAAUCGGACCAGCAAGGCAGCGAUCAAUAUGAGUCUUGGUGGGGGGUACUCCUAUGCUUUCAAUAAUGCAGUUGAGAAUGCUUUUGACGAGGGUGUACUCUCAUGUGUUGCCGCUGGAAAUGACAAUAGAGAUGCAGCACGGACUAGCCCGGCUUCUGCACCCAACGCCGUCACUGUUGCCGCUAUUAGCAGAAGCAAUGCCCGUGCGUCAUUUUCAAACUAUGGUUCCGUAGUUGACAUCUUUGCUCCGGGAGAGCAAGUCCUUUCUGCGUGGAUCGGUUCCAACUCGGCUACCAACACCAUCUCCGGUACGUCCAUGGCCACGCCUCAUGUGACAGGUUUGGUCAUUUAUCUGAUGGGCUUGCGGAACCUGGCUACCCCAGCGGCCGCAACGGCUGAGCUCAAGAGACUGGCCACGCGGAAUGCUGUCACCAAUGUUGCCGGUAGCCCCAAUCUACUGGCCUACAACGGAAACAGCGGCGUGUCAAAUGGAGGUGAUAAUGAUGGAGAUGAGGACUAGAUGCGUGAUACGAGCAGACAUGGUUUAGAAUAGUGGGUCGGGAAGUAGACUAGUUUAUAUGCGAAAUAAAGUGUGUCUGGGAACGCCU